UGAGUGAUUUUCACAACGACAGCGGUGAUGUUUCGGAGGCAAGUGAUACUGCCGUGACUGUCUGGCGAAUCAACACGGGAUGUGUGACAAGGAGUAACUUUAUUUCAAACAUUUUUCGUUUUCACCCAUGACUCUGGAGGGCUGUAAAGACUUGAAGGUAUUGAGUGAGUCGACCUCGUUAUCAUUCAGGACCAUAUGUUGUUAAAACCCAGCGGAGGAAAAAGAAACCAGUUUCGGAGGCUGUCUGGACCCCGGAGGACGAAGCUGCUAGCUUAUAGUUACUCACAACUGUGGUGCCAAGAGGGAUAUACACACUCAAAGUGACAACACGCUAAACAGAGGAUAAUCUGGUCGAGGAUAACCUUGUCAAUCUCCCGGCGUUCAGAAGAAGAUAAAUUAGUUAGCUUGGUGCGAAGAAAACACUUGACCACGACGACGUUGGCCAAUACUGUCACCUCAAAAUAGAAAGAAAAACAAAACAAGCCUCCUUCCAGGGUUUUAAGGAUGAAUCACUUAUCUUUAAGCGAGUUAUGUUGCCUGUUCUGCUGUCCACCGUGCCCAAGCAAGAUCGCCUCCAAGCUGGCCUUCCUGCCCCCAGAGCCCACCUACAGCCUCAUGUGUGACGAGAGUGGCAGCCGGUGGACGCUGCACCUCUCAGAUCGUGCGGACUGGCAGUACUCAUCCCGUGAGAAGGACGCAAUUGAGUGCUUCAUGACACGUACAGCGAGAGGAAACCGAAUUGCCUGCAUGUUCGUACGCUGCUCCCCCAGCGCCCGCUACACGCUAUUGUUCUCCCAUGGAAACGCAGUGGACUUGGGCCAGAUGAGCAGUUUCUACAUCGGCCUUGGUUCAAGGAUAAACUGCAAUGUCUUCUCAUAUGACUACUCGGGUUAUGGGGCGAGUUCUGGGAAACCCUCUGAGAAGAACCUGUAUGCUGAUGUGGACGCUGCCUGGCAGGCGCUGCGCUCACGGUACGGCAUCCGGCCAGAGAGCGUCAUCGUGUAUGGCCAGAGCAUUGGCACGGUGCCCUCGGUGGAUCUGGCCUCUCGCUAUGAGAGCGCUGCCGUCAUCCUCCACUCCCCGCUCACCUCUGGCAUGAGGGUAGCCUUCCCUGACACCAAGAAGACCUACUGCUUCGACGCCUUCCCAAACAUCGACAAGAUUUCCAAGGUCACGUCUCCAGUGCUGGUGAUCCACGGCACAGAGGACGAGGUCAUCGACUUCUCCCAUGGCCUAGCACUGUACGAGCGCUGUCAGCGCCCCGUGGAGCCACUCUGGGUGGAGGGGGCUGGACACAAUGACGUUGAACUCUACGGACAGUACCUGGAGAGACUCAAACAGUUUGUGGCACACGAGCUGGUCAACCUGUAGAUGAGCUGCAAGAAAAAUUGGGCGGGGAGAGAAGAGGGGAAGGAAAGGAUGCUUAUGAGGGGUGGUUUGAAGAUGGAAACGGGGGCAAAUUUUUGCUUUUAUGUGAUGUGAUGCAGGUAAAGGUGGUGUUUGUUUGUGUGGUGUUGAAGCCUUCUCUCAUUGUCACGCACCUCUCCCCCUUAAAAGACGGUCAGCUCUGUGCGAUACAGCUGUGAACUUACAACUAUCCACCUUUUUUUUCCAUUAACUUUUCUUUUUAUCAUGUUGAAAAUUGCACAUAUUGAAAGGGUGUGAAUGAAAAGAAAUAGGCUUGUGCAUAGACGACAUACUGUGUGUACAUGAUGGUGUGUGAGAGUGCGUGCGUGUCAUAUUUUUGCUGCCUUUUGAGAAGAACUUGGUCCACUGCUCUUUAUGGAGGAACAGUCUCGCUACAAACUGGACCGGACCAUAAGUGGACCAGACUCUCUGAACUCCAGCCGACUGUGAGGUCAGGUUUGGUCCUAAACACUGCAGUCACCAUGGAUUUUUUUUUCUUUGAGUACUGUUUAUUAUAUUUUUUUAUAUUAGACAUGAUAUUUGCACGUUUCAGCUGUCACUGAAGAAGACAAACUGACUUGUUAUCUAGCUGUGCCAGUGUUGCCAAAUGUUAGUAUAAUAUUGCAGAGCUGUAGACACACUUAAGACUUCGUACUUGUGGAAACAUCUAGAAACCUCUCUAAAGCCCUCCUAGCUGUCUCAAAAGGUGGUUAAGUUUUCAAUAAUUUUUGAUACCAUGUAUUUUGAAACAAUACAUUUUAAAGAUAAUAGUACUGAAAGUACCUUAAAAGAAGCUUAAAUACUACAUCUGUUUCCUAUGACAGUUGCUCCAAAAAGUCUUGCAAACCUCCACACACUUUCUAAAUUGCACACAUUUGCAGAAAAGAUGCUAAUGUAUGUUUACAAUUCAGAUUAGUGGUUCUCUACUGGUUGAGCCUCAGGACCCACCACUACCUUCUUAAUGAGAACUGGGAACCAAAUUUAUGAGAAAUGUCCAACCACUGUAAUUUAUUAAAUGAAAAUGUUGCAGAUUGGACCUUAAAUAUAAUAAAACAUAUGACUAAACAAAGAUAAGAUCUAAAAAAUAUGCUUAAAAGCACACAUUAAAGAAGCCCUGGGAGGACAUGAAUGCAUGCUUUUUAUUUUACUCAAUCUCCUGUGAAAAGUAAAAAAAAAAAAAAUUAUAAUUUCUUGAGAAAGUAGCUUGUUAUCUAUGGGAAAAACCAGCCUUGUUAUUUUAACUAAGGGGAAUAUCUAAGUAAAAAUCUUUAGAAAACAACCAAAAUGUACUCACUGUCAGUGGUCUCAGGAGGUUACAGUUUAACCUCUUAAAGCCUGUUGUAUCAUAUUUGAUACAUACUUUUAUGAUACCUCUCUGAAAAAUGAUAAAAAUGCCCUCAAGUGGAUUAUCAGUUACCAAAAACAAGUUAUGUAUCAAAUGAGACACAAAAA